CGCGCGCAUGCGAGGCCGGCGCCGCGAUGGAGGAGGAGGACCGGCGGCGGCUGCUGCGCGCGCGGGUGCGGCUGGUGCGGGAGCUGCGGGUGGAGCCGCUCUGGGCGCCGCUGCUGCGCCGCGCGGUCUUCACCCGCGAGAUGCUCGAGGAGAUCCAGGCGGCCGGCGCGCGGCGGGACCAGGCCCGGCAGCUGGUGACCGACCUGCAGACGCGGGGCCGGCGGGCGCUCCCCGACUUCGUCCUGUGCCUCCGCGAGACCGGCCAGGGCGACCUGGCGGCCCUCCUGAGCGACGGAAGCGGCCGGCCGGGGCCCCCGGAGGUCCGCCCGCCGCCGCCCCCCGACCCGCGGCCCAGCGACGUCCGUCGGCGCCCGGCUGGAAGGCCGCCCCCCGCCCCGGCGAGCCGCCCGCGUUCUGUAGAAGAGAACCCCAAGAGGGAUUCCGAAAUGGUUUAUCUCCUGAACUCAGAGCCCUGUGGCUACUGUCUCAUUAUCAAUAACGUCAACUUCGACGAAGAGACAGAUUUGAAGUGUCGCCUGGGCUCCAACCUCGACUGCCGUAGGCUGGAAAAGCGGUUCCGGGCGUUACAUUUUGAGGUCUUGACGAAGGAAGACCUUACGGCUGAGGAAAUGGCUCGGGAGCUGCAGAGCCUGGCCAGGUGUGAUCACAACGCCCUGGAUUGCUGCGUGGUGGUGGUCCUCUCCCACGGCUGUGAGAGCUUCCACAACCAGUUUCCUGGUGCAAUCUUUGGGACAGACGGGCAGCGCCUUGCGGUACAGAGGGUGGUCAGCUAUUUCAAUGGCUCCCACUGCCCCAGCCUCAGGGGGAAGCCGAAAUUGUUCUUCAUUCAAGCCUGCGGAGGAGAGGAAAAAGACCAAGGGUUUCAAGUGGAUGCCGAGACGUCGGAGGACCACCCCGAGCAAGAGAUUGUCGAGUCAGACGCCACUCCCUUCCAAGGACCAGGCGGGGACUGCGAUGAGCCGGAUGCCACUGCUAGUUUGCCCACAGACAGCGACAUCCUGGUUUGCUAUCCAACAUUUCCGGGUUGCGUGUCCUGGCGGGACAAACACAGCGGGUCCUGGUUCAUCGAGGCCCUGGACCAGAUCCUGGAUCAAUACGCCCACCUGGAGGACCUGCCCAGCAUCCUCACCAAGGUGGGAAACGUUGUCUCCGCAAAAGUCGCAGGGAGCUACAAGCAAAUGCCGGGUUAUUUCAACUUCCUCCGGAAAAAAUUUUUCUUCAGGGUCUGAUGAGCGUUUGCCGGCUCUUCGCUGUCCCUGGGGAGACCUCCCACCUUCUGGGCACAAUUCACUCCAUCCUUCCAAUCGGGUGCUUUUGGGGACACAUGCGGCUUCCCACCCUCGUUUCUGCAGCUGCCAGAGCCCCCCCCCCCGCCCCAGAACAUCCCAGACUGCGCAGACCAACAGUUAGGGGUGCUGGAUGUUUUGCCUCUUAAAAAGACAUCUCUGGUGCUACAGAUUUUGGGUAUUUCAGGGCCCCCGUUCCACAGAGAAGCCCCCGCUGGCAGGCAGAAGAGGCCUGUGUGCUCCCAGACCCAAAAUGGUUUCCCUCACCCCCUGUGGUAACCACCAGUCUUGGCCCUUUGGGGUUGCUUGGAAACUUUGUCUUGGCCUUUUCUUGCUCACUGAUCUGUAAUGGAACAAACCAAUUUGAAAUCAAGUUCACCCUUUUUUCAUCUCCGUUUUUCCUCCCUUCUUUCUCAUUUUGAGAAUCCCCCAAAAUUACUACAAUGAAAAGAUGCUCUUAUAAAUGUCUAUUUUUUUUUAAUUAAGCCUAAAAAAAAAGUUUGAGGGAGAAAUACUAUGGCUUGUCAUCUUUUUGCGUGAUUAAAUGUUGAAAUUUAUGA